GUGGACCUCGGGACGGGUAAAGUUUUAAACAUGGAGGAAUCUGACACCGCAGCGAUCCUUCCCGAGGACGAGCUCAGCGGCGCGGCCGCAGCAGACGCUCGGACGUCGGACUCCACAGACGCCGAUGCUCCGUGCAGCAGCUCCGCCGGACCACCUUUGUCCUGCCGGCUGCCUGUGUCCGUGGAGCCCGUGCUGUUCCUCUCCGUGUUCUCUGUGGCUCUGCAGGCGCCUCUGUCCACGCAGUAUCUGUGGGAUCGCAUCAGCGAGGACCUGGGCUACAACGGCUCCAAGGGGUCGGAGUGCAGCAAUAGCUCCGUGACCCCUGACCCUCUGCAGAAGGAGGUGGAGACCCUGACGGCCCACUGGAGCCUUUACAUCAGCCUGGCGGGCUUUUCUGUUGGCCUGCUGGUGGUGCCACUUCUAGGCUCGUGGAGUGACCUGGCGGGCCGCCGACCCAUCCUCAUCCUCCCUAACCUGGGCAUGGCACUGCAGGCGGUGGUUUACCUGGUGGUGAUGUACCUGAAGCUGCCUGUGGUCUACUUUCUGUUGGGCCGGCUGCUCAGUGGCCUGUCGGGAGAUUUCAACGCCGUCCUGGCCGGCUGCUUCGCUUAUGUGGCUGAUACCAGCGAUAGGACGUCCCGUACCUUCAGGGUGGCGGUUCUUGAGGCCUGUCUGGGUGUGUCGGGGAUGCUGGCCAGUAUUAUCGGAGGGCAGUGGAGGAGGGCUCAAGGGUACAUCAAUCCAUUCUGGUUGGUCUUGGUCACCAAUCUGGCCUCAGCUCUGUACGCUUACCUGUUUGUCCGCGAGUGUGUCACUCCAGAUCCCAGCGCCAAGCUCUUCACCGCUCGCCACCACAAGGCCGUGUGGCACCUCUUCUCCACGGGAGGCAGCAGCGAGACCGUCGGACGAUAUCACAAAUACAAACUGUGGCUUUACCUGCUCUGCUUCUUCCUGGUUGUGACUGUACAUUCCGGCAGCCGAGAGCUGUAUGUGCUGUUUGAGCUCAGCUCGCCGCUCUGCUGGGGGCCCGACCUCAUCGGCUACGGAUCGGCAGCUCUGCACCUAGCCUACCUGAGCAGCCUGCUCGGACUGAAGGUCAUGCAGCGUUGCAUGGAGGAUUCCUGGGUGGCUGUAGUGGGUCUGGCCUCCAAUAUCUCCGGGCUGCUGGUUUUUGCCGUGGCUAACACCACAGCGCUCAUGUUCACAGGUUAUGGUCUGUGUUUCCUGUUCAUGGCUUCGACGCCUGUUCUGAGGUCAAAGCUGUCCAAGUUGGUGGACCCAUCAGAACAAGGUGCCCUGUUUGCUUCUGUGGCCUGUGUGGAGAGCCUGUGUUUCCUGGCAGGCAGUGGUGUUUUUAACUCCCUCUACCCAGCGACCCUGCACUUUAUGAAGGGAGACCCUCAGAUGUGUAGACCAGAGAAGAGUGCAAAGAGACCAAAGAUCGUCGUGACGUCCGGAACAAAACGAUGUAGACCAGAGAAGAGUGCAAAGAGACUCAUCGUCGUGACGUCCGGAACAAAACGCCAAGAGCAAAAGUUGUUCGCAGAAGUGAAACCAAGUGUCAGCGUGUGA